GGUCAGGCGGGGUCACACCAGACCGAGGCUGUAAGUGCCACGCGAGCGUUUACCGGUUGUCUGACGUUUGGGACAAAAUUUCCUACAAAAUGGUGUCUGUACUAAACACUGUGGAUACAGGCCAUGAAGACAUGAUUCAUGAUGCCCAGAUGGAUUACUAUGGAGUUCGUCUGGCCACGUGUUCUUCAGACAAGACUGUCAAGAUCUUCGACAUCAAGAACGGAGGACAGAUCUUAGCCGCAGAACUCAGAGGCCAUGAGGGUCCAGUGUGGCAGCUUGCCUGGGCACACCCGAUGUACGGCAACAUCCUGGCAUCAUGUUCGUACGAUAGGAAGGUCAUUAUCUGGAAGGAGACCAACGGGCAGUGGGACAGACUGUACGAGUACGCCAAUCACGACUCUUCAGUGAACUCUGUGUGCUGGGCUCCCCAUGAGUUUGGUCUGAUGCUGGCCUGUGGGUCAUCCGACGGAGCUGUGUCCAUCAUCUCAAGCACAGCUGAUGGCCAGUGGGACACCAAGAAAAUCAACAACGCUCACACAAUUGGCUGUAACGCAGUAAGCUGGUGCCCAGCCGUGGCGGCAGGCUCCCUGGUGGACCAGCCGUCCUCACAGCGGCCUCAGCAGACUCGCAGAUUCGUCACCGGAGGCUGCGACAACCUGGUCAAGAUAUGGAGGGAGGAGGAUGGUCAGUGGAAGGAGGAGCAGAAGUUGGAGGCUCACAGUGACUGGGUUAGAGACGUGGCCUGGGCUCCGUCUAUAGGACUCCCCACACAAACUAUAGCCAGCUGCUCACAGGACGGAAGAGUUAUUAUCUGGAAGAGUGAAGAUGGAACAAGUUGGACCUCAAAGGUGUUGAACAAGUUCCCAGAUGUUGUGUGGCACGUGAGCUGGUCCAUAACCGGCAACAUCCUCGCUGUGUCAGGGGGAGACAACAAGGUGAGUCUGUGGAAGGAGUCCUUGGAGGGACAGUGGGUCUGUGUCAGCGACGUCAACAAAGGUCAAGGUCAAACCAUAGCCCCAGCCGAACCCCAGAAACCUGAGCAGUAACUUAUGGUCACGCCAGUCUGUACAUGUGGGGAGGGGGGAGG